AAAUGUAGCUAUUUUUUUGGCACUUAAUUAUAUAUUUUGUAGCUGAUUGAAAAAAAUCUAAAAAUGGCUGAGAUAGCUGAAACGGUGUAUGGAACUAACGAGGAGGGCCAUGUCAUGUCGGAAAAGGUUUCAGCGCUUGCCACGAAUGUUUACAAAGAAUUUGAAAGGAUGAUUAAAAAGUACGACGAAGAUGUAGUCAAAGAAUUAAUGCCAUUAACUGUCGGCCUUUUAGAAGGUUUGGAUCAGGCACUUCAAGAUAAACAAGAAUCUGAUGUAGAAUUAGAACUUCUGAGAGAUGAUAAUGAGCAGUUGCUGACACAGUAUGAAAGGGAAAAACAGCUCCGAAAAGUGGCUGACCAGAAAUAUUUGGAGAUGGAAGAUUCUGUGGAAGGAGAAAAGAAAGAACUUCAAGAAAAAAUAGAAAGUUUAGAAUCAAUUGUCAGAAUGUUAGAGCUGAAAGCUAAAAAUUCUUCUGAUCAUGUUUCAAGACUAGAAGAAAAAGAAGCUGAUCUUAAAAAAGAUUACAACAAACUUCAUGAACGAUACACAGAGUUAUUUAGAACACAUAUGGAUUAUAUGGAGAGGACCAAGAUCUUGUUAGGUACAGAUCGUCCAGAACUUUCAAACAGCCCAAGAAAUAAGGGAUUCAAUUUGCCAAACUUGCGACCAGUAAGUAUGUUUCUACCUGGUCAGUCAGCCACGACUAUGAGAUCUCUCAGUAGUCCUACUCAAAGUAUAGACAUCAAUUCACCAAGGAGUACAGCGGACUCUACUGUUAGUCUGAAAAGUGAACUGGCAGAUUUGGAAUCUCCAGAAAUAUCCAAAGAGAAGAAAGGAAAAUUGAAUCGUAUAUCUACGUGUGAUAAGGAACAAGUUACAGAUCACGUUGAGGUCAAGGAAACAUCUACAGGAAUGAAGAAAGAUGAGAAGGAGGAAACACAAUCAGACACUCAGAAUCAGAUAGACAGUGAUAAUUUAAAUUCAGUGCAAAAUGACGAAAAUUCACAGGAAAAUUACAUAUCAGAUCACAUACAUUCACAAAAUUCUGGUGAACAAUUAACUAUCAAUCAGGAUAUUAAUACAUUAGACAAUUUAGAAACAUCAAAGUUAGAUAACUCUGUUACAAACACUGUGACACCUGAAAAAGAUUCUCAUGUUAAAAAUGUUGUGACAUCUACCCCUAAUCCAAAACAUAGAAUGCGUUGUGAUAGUAUGGACGAACCAGAAUUUGAAGAAGAUAAAAUAUUUGGUUUGGAUCAUGCUUUGGCUCAAAUAGUUGCAACAACUCCAGAAUUACAAGAGUUAGAGGAAUCAUCUAGUAGUCAUAAAAGUACAAAUAAUAGUCUGAAAAAUAUGCAUAGGAACAAUGAAUCCAUAUUUGAUGAAUUAACAUGCCAGGAUGCAGACAUAAUUGGUGAUGUUGAUUUUGGAGCAGAUAUUACAGGUCGAGAAGUAAAUCCUGGUGAUUAUGCCUCGUCAGAUAGUGAAAAUGAAGAUGAUCAGAAUGAACGACGAUCUACCGUCAGUGAUAAUUUCUUUGGAAUGGGAAAGGAAUUGGAGAAUAUUAUUUUAGAAAAUACGGAAUUACUGGAAACCAAGAAUGCUUUAAAUAUAGUGAAGGAUGAUUUAAUUGCCAAAGUAGAUGAGUUAACAGGUGAACUGGAAAUAUGUCGAGAGGAAUUAUCAUCAUUACAGACAGUAAAAACUAAAUUACAAGAAAGGAUGAAAUCACAGGAGGACGAAAUUAAAAAAAUGAAGGAAGAAUUAGAGAAGAAAACAAACUCAGCCAAAGAAGGAGAAGAAGAAGAUGAUGUGCCAAUGGCUCAGAGAAAGAGGUUUACUAGGGUAGAAAUGGCCAGAGUGUUAAUGGAGAGAAACCAAUAUAAAGAACGAUUAAUGGAAUUACAAGAGGCUGUUCGAUGGACAGAGAUGAUCAGAGCAUCUAGAGAACACCCAGAAAUCGCCACAACACAAAAACAGAAAAAGUCCUCCAUUUGGAAUUUAUCAGAAUUUUCUAAGAAACUGAACAGCUUCAGUAACCUGUUCAGUUCCUCCAACAAGCCAAACAAGAAGCCAUACCCAAUGGCAACUGUCAAAUACAAUGCCCCUACGACACAAGUUCAACCUGUAGGGGACCCCAAUAAGAGAACCAGGAAGACCUACAAUCUUGGGGACAAAGCGAAAGCUUAUGACUUCAUGCAGGAUGAAUUAAAACAGAACACUGCAGAUGAUGGAUCCAGUAAAAUAGAGUCACUGUUAGAAGAUCCUGUGUUAGCACAUCAACAUACAGUAAUGUCAGAAAAAGCCAAAAAAGAAAGAGAAAAGGAAAGAAUGGAGCAAUACAAACAAGUGAGAGCCCAUGUAAAGAAAGAUGAUGGUAGACUUCAAGCUUACGGUUGGAGUUUACCUGCCAAACUAACCAGUGUCUCCCGAGAUGCUCCAUCAAAAAGUCAUGUACCAGUGCCUGUUCCAGUAUACUGUAGACCCCUACUUGAGAGAGAUGAGGGGCUAAAGAUAUGGUGUGCAGCAGGGGUAAACUUGACUGGAGGGAGGACCAGAGAUGGAGGGUCUAUUGUAGGGGCCAGUGUAUUCUACUCAGACCCUGGUGACUUUGAUCAGGAAACCAAGAAGGAGAUUACCAAAGAUGACGUUGAAAAACUGAACCAUGAACUUAAGGAGCAUGAAAAGAAUUUAAAAGACUCUGGUAAGGAGCAGUUAUCCUCGUAUGUUUGGAUAUGUACCAGUACAUCAACAGAGAGUCGUGUGGUCGUGAUUGAUGCCAAUUGUCCUGGUGAAAUAUUAGAGACAUUCAGAGUAUCAACAGCUUCUAUACUAUGUAUAGCAAGUAUAGCAGGUGCUCUAGAGUCAGACUACCCAGUAGAUGAAGAAAUUUUGAAGGCAGAAUCUUAUCCUCAGUAUAAUCCUCCUCCUAUGGAUAAGGACAACCAGGCCACAGACAGUGGUAUUGGAGACAUAAGCUUUGUACAGUGUGUUAAUACAGGGAAACCAAGCAGUAAACCAACAUCACCUAUGUCAUCUCCUUUUGGUUCUCCUAAAUCUAAAGAAAUCAGUCCAGAACAUCGACCACAGUCCAGAGAAUCUCUAAGAGAUGAAAAGAAUGACUCUGAUCAAAAGGAGAAGAGUGAAACAGAUCGAGAUAGUCUGCUUUCUGAACAAAGUAUAGAAGGUCAGAAUGGACCAGCAGUAUUUAAGGCUAAAGGCUCUCCUGUCUCAUCAGGGCGGACAACACCUAUAUCUACAGCAUCUGACAGAUCAUUAGACAGAAAAACUGGACAGGAUGACAGUGACUUACAGUUUGAGGAGGCUGAGAAGAUGAGUAGUAUUCUACCCACAAUGUGGCUAGCUUCACAGAGUGGCAGUUUAUAUGUUCACUCUGCAGUAUCUCAGUGGAGACGAUGUUUACACUCAGUCAAGUUAGAAGAUGCUGUGUUAAAUAUUGUCCAUGUUAAAGGAAGAGUAUUAGUGGCAUUGGCCAAUGGGAAAGUUGCAAUAUUUCAUAGAGCUAUAGAUGGACAAUGGGACCUACAGAACUAUCAUUUGUUAGAUCUGGGUAAACCCCAUCAUUCUAUCAGGUGUAUGUCUGUGAUAGCUAACAACCAUGUGUGGUGUGGAUACAGGAACAAAAUACAUGUAGUGGACCCAGAAUCUAUGUCUAUUAUGAAAACAUUUGAUGCACAUCCGAGAAAAGAAAGUCAAGUGAGACAGUUAGCAUGGUUGGGUGAUGGUGUUUGGGUAUCUAUAAGACUAGACAGUACCUUACGAUUAUACCAUGCCUACACCCAUCAACAUCUCCAGGAUGUCGACAUAGAACCUUAUGUCAGCAAAAUGUUAGGAACAGGAAAGCUUGGUUUCUCGUUUGUAAGGAUAACAUCAAUGUUGAUCUCAUGUCAGAGACUAUGGAUAGGAACCGGCAAUGGUGUGGUUAUAUCUGUGCCUUUGUCUGAAAGUAACAAACAGACUGUGUCAUCAGCAUCCAGUGGUGGACGACCAGGAGGAAUUAUUCGUGUUUAUAGUGAUAAUAAAACAGACAGUGUUACUCCAGGAAGUUUUAUACCAUAUUGUACAAUGGCCCAGGCUCAGUUGUCCUUCCAUGGACAUCGUGAUGCUGUUAAAUUCUUUGUCUCAGUACCAGGUGCCAAAAGAAAAGGAUUAAGUGGGACAGCUGAGGACACAACAGAUACCACUGCCAACAAAAUCUACCAAGAAGCUACCCCAGCUCCACCUAGCAAUAGUAAACUGGUUUUAUCAGGAGGGGAAGGAUAUGUAGAUUUUAGGAUAGGACUAUACCAAGGUGAUGGAGAAGAUGAUGAAAUCCUUCAGGAAGAUGAGAAGAAGUUAUCCUUAAGUAAAGGAGAAAGGAGUCAUUUGAUAGUUUGGGAAGUGACUAGCUCAUCAUAAUGUCAAAUCACAUGCAUCGGUGGAUAUAUUGGCAUGGCUUAAUUGUGACAAAGCUACCAAAAUGUAAUGUUCUUUUAAAAAACAAUUGAAUUAGUGAAGACAAUCUAUGUACCAUGGAGUGGACUGGUUGGCAAGGUUCUUAGCCAGUUUCCGAUUGAAUACUUGAAAUUUGGGGUGCAGCGAUAAGAGAACAGCCUGUUGGCAUUGUUGUGAAAAUUACUGUUCCCCUGUUCACCCCUAUGUUCCUGUUUAACUUUCAUCAUAAUUCAUAUGGGAUAUGCAUAUAGCCUUCAGUGUAGACACCUGGGACCCUUCUUUGUUGUUUACCCCAAGCAUUCAUUAGUCUUGACCAGUAUCAGAAAAAUCAAUUCUUUUCAUUAAGCUGAGCUUUUUAUGCCCCUGCUGUUUUGGCUUGGAGAAAAUAUUUUUUACAUGAAGAAAAAUUACAGCACAACAUCACUUUCCUUUUACCACCCAAAAUGAAUUUUGAUAAACAAUUAAAAAUUUCUCAUCCUAAACUUUCCUUACACAACCCAACCUACCACCCACACCCUCAAUUCACAAAUGCAGUGCAAAUGGAGUUUACCAAAUGUCCCCAAUUUAUUCUAGAUUAUUUACACUAAAAAUACUUGGAAUACCAGCAAUGUCACUGUAUAAUCAAGAGGAACUAGGUCAGGUUUCUAUGUAAACAGACUUUAAUAUCCUUGAUGGAACAAGAUUAGUAUUCAUCAUUCUCUGUAUACAACUUAUAUUUAUCAAACCUAGUUAUAACAUAUAAUCUAAAUUUAACCAAAGGCAAGACUUUUAUUUAGCUAUUUUAUGAAGGACAUUGUUAGAUACAAUAUAAAUCGUAACAAUUACAUCAAAUGUCCGAGGGACAAACAUUGCUUUCUUAUGUAUUACAAGUUUUACGAGAGGAAACAAUCUAAUUUAAGAUCUUGUUUCUUGUAAUGAGAUAACAUGAUAGUUGUAAAGGUAUUAACUUUCUGAGUUAAAUUAAUUAUAGGCUUUGCUUUUCAAUCAAAUUCUUUCUAUAAAUAGAGUUAAGUGGAUAUUCCUUAGAAAACCAGAUUUCCAUUAUAGCAGAAAAACUCAUUAUUAUUUCUGCUUUAAUAUACUUAAUAUUUCAUGUCAUUGAAAAUAAUUUGAAAUGAAUAAAAUUCUGUGAAUGAUUACUAUGAAUAUCAGUGAUAUAACUUUCCAUAGCCACUCACUCCAGAAUUACUGAAAUUUGUCUGUUUUUUAUCAUACUGGUAUAGAUUAAGCAAUAAUCAGAUUUUAAUUUCCUGAACAGUUUGAUUUGGGUUUGUAAAACCUAGACAUUUUUAUGGUUAUUGAAGUAUCAAAAGAUAUUUUAAUGUUGAGCUAUUUUAAUUGAAAUCAGCAAGCCAGUUCUUGAUGUUUCAUUGCUAAAUUAUUGUGGAAAACAUUUUCUAACAAAUAUUAUUUAACAAGACCAGAAAUUUUAAACAAGAUACCAUUAAGUCACUUUAAAAUUAUUAUAGAUAUUGUUGUAGUAUUUUAAUAUUAUGUCUAAGGAUUCUUACCUGUGAACAUCUUAGGAUUCCAUUACUGUAAACAAAUAAUGAGGAUGUGUUAGUGUAAAAUGAGGUAUAUAUCCCCCUAUUUUAAUUGAAAAUUUAUACAUCUUUUCUAUAUACUCUCAUAUAACAAAUAAUUAAGUAAUUUAGAUAAUAAUUAGGAUCAUGGUGCUCUUUUGUUAGGGGAUGGUGAGACCUCAUUGUUUGUUAUGCUUUUAAUGACUUUUACUCAAGUUUUAUGAGAAACUUGAGUUAGAAGGUGCCAAACCUAAUAUGGGGUGUGAAAGGUCAGGAUUCUGGUCCUUAAUUCAUAAAGGUUGCAUAAAAUUGUAGUCCAGUGCAAAGCUUUGUCUAUUGUUGCAAUUGCUCAUAAAUGUCAUCAAAGCAAUUUAUAAGAUAUAGAAUGCAUUUUAUUUGUUUCCAUUAUUGUAAAUUUUAUGACAUGAACAAUAUUUUUAUCUUUGUUUAAAGUCUGGAAUAAGACUGGAAUGAAAUAAAAUUUGUUACAAGGUUUUAAGCGUAUAGAUAGUAAAUUCUUGAUUAAGUUAUCACUUAAUUAGAUAAGUUAUGUUUGUUUCAUGUGGAAGUGAUACCAUUUGGAAGCAUUACCACUGCCCAAGCUUUUUUGUUCCAUGUGGAAGUGUUAUUGGAAGCGUAACCACUGCCAAAGCUUACAUGGCAUACAUGAUUUUAUUCUGUUACGUUUGUUUGAUAUGUUGUUAUGUUAAUGUAGGUUAAAAUAUUUUUGAUUCCAUUUUAUUACCACAUGGUUUCAAUGUAGAGGAAGUUAUCCAUAAUUCCCAAUCAUUUUUCUACAGGAUUGGAUGAUGUGGUUUUGCAUAAUUAUCUAAAAUUUUGUGUUCAAUUUAUUGUAUGAAGUUCAAGAUUGCAAGUUGUUAAUUUGAAACAAGUUUUAUGUAUGUUUGUAUUGCUCCUUUGUUUUGUCUGUAUGAACAUAUGACUGACUGUCAUGUAGGUGAAAUGUUUUGUGCUGUGCAAUAAGUGACUGUAAAAAGUCAGGACCAUGACAGUCAGUCACCAUUGGUUCCUACAAGAUGAUUUUUUUUAAAGUGUGCUAGGUGGGUCGUUUUGGAAAUGGUUUAGAAUUAUGGAUAGCUCCUAAUUACAAGAAGUAUAAAACCAUCUUCGAAAGUUCACUAUUCAAUUAAUAAUAAAUCUGUAUUAAAUUUAAAAACAGCAAAGUUUUUGCCACAAUUUUCAUUUGUAAGUAGUUGAUUGACAUAUAAAUGUUUUGUGUCAACAUAAGGUAAUCCAUUAUAUUAAAACAAUAAAAAAGUUUCAUUCUUAUCAUUGGAACAAGCUGUAAAAGCUUCAAUGUUACCUUCUUCUGUCUUAUAUCUGAUAUUGAACUUCCAAUGGUGUUUUUAUAUUUCUUGUAUUUUGCUGUAGGUCUGCUUGUUAUUUUAAUUUAUUUGGUUAUUAUUGUUCAGUGGAGUGUUUUGUUGUUGUUGUUUUAUCACAAAGUUUGUUUAUUGACAGUAUUUACCUGAUGUCGAAAGAUUGUCUUUCUUAGCAAGCACUUUCAUCGAAAUAUUAAUACAAAGAGAAAUGUUUGGUGGAAAUAAUUUCCAGAGAAACUUUCAAAUUAAAUUUUUCUUAGUUGUGCAACUGUUUUUACAAUUUACAUUAUUGGAGUUCCCCAAAAAUUCUUGAUUUGGAAAGAAUUUUAUUUACUGAUGUUCAUAUUCCCUAAUGCAUCAAAACUACACAUGGCCUUGUUAUAUGUAAGUUUGGCUCCAUGCAGUUGUGUUAACAUGUCUACUUACUUAGAAUAUCAAUGUUUUUUGCAGAGAGGGAUCUGAAUCUGGUUAAGUCUGGACAUUCUGUAUCACAUGAGAUUUACACCCAAACUUUUACAGGUGUUAACUGAUUUUCCUGCAACUUUGCUUGUUCAAUUUUUAAAUUUACCGAGAGGGAGUAGAGCUAUUUGAAUAUUUGUUUGUUAUUAAAAUCAAUAUUGCUCAGUUGAAAGGACUUACUUUAGGUGAUUUUAUCGUAGAUUUACCAAAGUUCCACCUGAGAAAUUACAUUGGCAACACUGAAUGUUUUCAUUUGAAUACCUUUAAUUAAAUUAAAUUAAUAUGUUACAGAGGAAUUUGUUAACAGAUGUAUGAGUUUUGGUGUAAACCUAUUUUUUAUGUAUGUCCUUUAACAUUAUAUAGUUUCUAAAAUAUGCAAAUAUGGUAUUUAUAUAUUUGUGAGGUGACCUGUUACUGUAUAUGAUUAUUAUUCUGUGGUUAUGUUGUCGCUACAUGUAUGUCUAUCAUUUUAAAGCAAUUGUUAAUGGUGCCUCUUUGAACAAAUUUAAUAGAACAACUAGUUUGCUUUCUUCAUCUUAUCAUCAUUACAUUGUAUUUUCACAUCAAUUAAAGUUUGAUCUGUUAAUGAGAUAUAGGCAUGGAUAUUAUUAAAUGCUAAAUUAUAUUGCUGUAGACCUAAAAUUAUUUGUUAAUCUAAUAUAAGAUGUAAUAUAUUAUAUAAAUCACAUUAAAGAUGUUAAUUGCAAA